AGGAGUUAGUGGGAGAGAUAACAAAGAGAAGGGAUUCCUCGUGGUGUCAUAAAAUUAGUGGUCUUCUUGCUUCCCCAGUGGAAUAACGACUCAGGAAAAAUUCUUUUUAGCCGAUAUUUCGGGAUUGAAGGAACAUAGCGAAUUUUUCGUAAAAACAUUUUUUAUAGAAAAAAAUCGGAGCUACAAAAAAGGUAUAUAUGAAAAUCUCGUUAUCUUCCUUUGAUUUCGAGAUAUUGGAUAAAAAUAACUGAGAGAAAAUACACUUAUCGUAGUUUAGCAAUUUGCUAUAGAAUUAGUGUCUCUCAAGCUUGAAAAAUAGGAUAAAAUAAAAGAAAAUCCAGUAAUUUCAAUUUUUGAGGAAAAGAUAGUUCAUAGAAUAAUUAUCAGUUGUGUCAGCUGUUUAAUCGACGUUGCACGUGGUUUUACAUUCGUGGGGAGAACUUGAACUUGGAAGUGGGGAGAGACAUUCAGCAAAACCCGUUUGACAGUAAUUCCUGGUAUCGCUAGUGCACGUUUAUUUAUCACCGGCUGCAGUAAAAAAGUUUCGCCAAGAUCCAGUUUUCCAGUAAAACUAAUAAUUCGAGUUUCACUAGCAUAAUUAUCCGAGGAAUGGAUGCACUCAAGCAGGGAUGGUUCAGUGAGAUUAAUGAUCUCUGGCCCGGUAUCUCGGUGUCCCUGGAAGUCACCAAGGUACUGCACCACGAAAAAUCUCCUUAUCAGGACAUUCUGGUGAUCGAUACGAAAGCCCACGGAAAAACUCUAGUUCUCGAUGGAAUAAUCCAAUGCACUGAGCACGACGAAUUUUCCUAUCAAGAGAUGAUUUCCUUCCUGCCACUCUGCAGUCAUCCAGAUCCUAAAAAUGUGCUGAUUGUUGGUGGAGGUGAUGGUGGUGUCGCCAGAGAAGUGGUGAAACAUCCAGGGGUUCAUAGAGUUGUUCAAGUAGAAAUCGAUGCUGCAGUUCUAUCAGUGGCGAGGACUUAUCUUCCCUUCAUGGCAGCUGGCCUAGACGAUCCCAAACUUACUGUCAACGUUGGAGAUGGCUUUGAAUUCAUGAAGCAACACAGGGGAGAAUUCGACAUCAUUAUAACAGACAGCAGUGAUCCAGUUGGGCCUGCUGAGUGUCUCUUCCAAGAAUCUUACUUCGCUCUGAUGAAGGCAGCACUGAAAUCCGAUGGAAUCAUCUGCAGUCAAGCAGGCACAGCAUGGGCUAAUCUGGAUCACGUCACUAAGACUCUCAAUCACUGUCGAACAGUCUAUCCAGUCACUGCUUAUGGAAUUGCAGCAGUACCCACUUAUCCCACUGGACAAAUUGGAUUUGUCCUCGGAAGUCUCGAUCCUGAAACGAAUUUUAGAGAGCCGAAGAAGAUCUUCACUGAUGAAGAACUCGACAACAUGAAAAUAAGAUACUACAACGACAGAAUUCAUCGUGGAGCUUUCAUUCUCCCCAGAUUUGUUGAGAAAGCACUUGCAGCACCUCCGGUGGUCCCCAAGGGGUCGACAGCAAUUUUAUGAGUAAUUUUUCAACUCUUACGACUGUCUAGGGUUCAGAAAUUUCGAUUUUUUAAUCGAAUAAAAAAUUAAUUCCGUUGACUUGUUAAGAGUUUUUUAUUUUUUCUUACUUUCUCUUUAGAAAUAAAACUUCACAUACCGCGAAAUAACUGAAUAAUUGCAGUAAAAGAUAUUAAAAAUAAUAUUCCAGAGUAGUGAGUAAAAGUUGAUAAAUAUUGACAAUCGUGUUAUCUCAAUUGAUCAUUUUAUUUUAAUAAGGCUUCAUUGGCUCGUCUCUGUUACAAUGUAAAAAUCGUUAAAAAUGAUUAUUUCUCCAGAACGAAAUUCAUACUAAAUCAAGAUAAUAGAUUAAAAUUAUUGAAAACAAUAUCUGGCUGAUUAAAACUUGUGAAUAAAAUAAAAUUCCUUUGAAUUAAUUACAAUCAUCAAUUACUUUUGUAUACAUAUGUAUAAUAUAUAAUAUAUUAUUCUUGUGGUUACCGAGGGCCAAUUUCCCAUCGAAUAAUCCCACUUUCCAUCGAAAAACGAAGAAAAAAAAAAUUUUUCCACUUGACAAAUACGUCGUUCAAUCGUUAAUUAAUUAAUUAAUAAAGCAUUUUUGGUAAUCACUUACUCAAUUCCAAAUAAUUGAUUAAGGCAUCGAAAUUUUUAAUUGUGCAUGUAAAUUUAUCCAUGUGUCUUAAAGUAUUACGUAAAAAAUUAAUAAAUUGCACUUUAGUAUCAUUUAAUCACUUGUCUAAAAAAAACCUUCAAUUUUACAUAAAAAAUAUUGCAAUUAGUUCGAGAUUUGUGUGUGGGUGGGAGUAGCAACAGACUCGGAAAAAA